CAAGGACAAAAAUACUUGGACACACGUAAGAGAGAGACACAUAUAUCUACGCAAAUGAGUCAUUACACCUUAUUUUAUUAUUACUUUUUCUUACUGUCUUGUUCCUUUUUUUAAUCUUCAAAUCUUCAAAUUAUCAACUUUGUUUCUUUUAUCAGCUUCGUCAUCUUGAAACUAUCAACUUUUUGACUAAAUUUAAAGAACAGUUGUGUUCGUUCGUGCCAUUCUUUUGAAUAGUUAUACUAAUAUUUAUCAUCUUCUUGAAAAGACUUUGCAUCCAAGAACCCGUGAGGAAGUAAUUGAAAUCUAAACUCAGUGAAGAGAAGACGACAAAGAAAAAGGAGUCUAUAAAGAUCCAAAGCUUUCCUUGUCCUUAUUUCUCAGCAGAAAACUGAAAAACGUUUUGAGUUUUUGAGAGAGAGAUAGAGAAAGAUGUUGGAAGGCAAAGCAAUGGUGGAAGAUUCAGACAUGCCAGUGAAGAUGCAGAUGCAAGCUAUGUCUUUUGCUUCUCAAGCUCUUGAUCUUUUUGAUGUCUUUGAUUGUAAAUCCAUUGCUGGUCACAUCAAGAAGGAGUUUGAUGAGCGAUAUGGGAGUGGAUGGCAAUGUGUGGUGGGAUCAAAUUUUGGGUGUUUCUUCACACAUUCUAAAGGGACUUUUAUCUAUUUCCAAUUGGAGACACUUAAGUUUCUCAUCUUUAAAGGCGCUUCUACUCCUUAAUUACACAACCCCUAAUCAUGGGGAUUUUUUGUUAAUUUUUUUUUUCUUUUAUUACUUUUGCUUCUUUGAAAAUCUGAGAAAUAAAUUGUAAGACUAUCAAGAUCUUUAGCUUUGUUUGAAUCUAAGUCUGUAAAUAGACCCAAGAGAGGAAGUUGAUUUCAAUGAUGUGAGAUUUUUCAUUUUUA